AUGGCUAUAGUUCCAUGGAAAGCAAUUGACGAAACUCUCUCGCACAAAUGGAAAAUUGUUAUCAGUCUCUUAACAAUCCAAAUUCUCCGUAUCAUAGGAGCUCGUAUCACCACAAAGCGAGCAAGGCGCAAGUUCCGCGAAAAGCACGGUUGUGCUCCUGUGACUUGCCAACUCCCAUUGUGGGAUCCAUUCUUUGGCAUUGACUUCAUUUUGAAGCUGAUGAGGGUGUUCAAAGAAAAGCGACUGUUGGAAACCUUUGCCAACGACCUUUACAAGACUGUCGGUAUCACAUUCCUAGUUGAGCGUGGUUCUCAGCAGACGAUAUUUACAAUUGACCCGGAAAAUAUCAAGACAGUUCUUGCUCUCAAGUUCAAAGAUUAUGGACUUGCUUUCAGAGCUCCAUUGUUCAAUCCCGUCACGGGCGGUGGCAUGUUUGUUUCUGACGGGGAGGAAUGGGUGCACUCGCGGGCUUUGAUGCGUCCAACCUUUGCCCGUGAUCAAGUAGCCGACCUUGAAUUGACAAACCGACAUGUCACAGACCUUGUGUCAAAGAUACCCAUCAACACAGCCUUCAAUCUGCAGGAACUUCUCUUUGACUUCACCAUGGACACUGGCACUGAGUUCCUCUUCGGCGAGUCAACCGAUACACUUUGUAACCCUACCAAAGCAAGUCAAGAGUUUACCAAAGCCUUUGAUUUGACUCUCAAGGACGUGGCCUACCAGGCAAGAUUGGGCCCGUUCCGCCGCUUCCAAGGCUCUCGAAGCAAGGCUCACGAUGCCUAUCAGGUGUGUCGGUCCUAUGUCGAGCAUUAUGUCAAUCAAGCUAUGGCUCUUCGUAUUUCAGAUUUGGCGGCAGAAGUUUCGAAAGAGAAUGAAGCCAAAAGUCGACAUGACAGUCUGCUGAGGCAGCUUGCUAGUUCGGGCAUAUCAAAGGAAAAGAUACGCGCAGAAUUAUUGAGCGUCUUGAUAGCUGCAAGAGAUACCACCUCGAAUAUGUUGGGAAAUCUGUUCUUUGUCCUUGCACGUAGACCGGAUAUCUGGACCAAGAUUCGAGAUGAAGUUAAGCGUAUGGACACAAAUGAACCAACAUACGAGCAGCUUCGUCAUCUCACAUAUGUCAAAUACUGCAUUAAUGAAUCAUUACGUCUCCAUCCUCCUGUGCCUAGUAAUGGGCGUAUGGCAUAUCGGGAUACAGUUCUUCCUCAUGGUGGUGGCCCAAAUGGUGAUCAACCCAUCCAUGUUCCGAAAGGCUCCAUGGUGAAUUUCACGGUCUACGCCAUGCAUCGACGCAAAGAUCUGUAUGGCCAAGACGCUGAAAAAUUUCGUCCCGAGAGAUGGGAAACUCUUAGACCUUCGUGGUUCUUCCUGCCUUUCAAUGGGGGGCCACGCAUUUGCCUCGGUCAACAAUAUGCCAUUACUGAAUCUCUGCUAGUCAUAAUGCGUUUUGCUCAAGAGUUCAUAUCGAUUCAAUCGAUGGACCCAAAGCCUUGGACUGAGGAGAUUGCACUUGGCUGUGGCAAUGCCAAUGGUGUCCAUGUUGCAUUUCAGAGAGUAUACAUUAUGGUCACGCGCGAACUAAAGGACAGUACAAAUGGUUCACAAGACCUGGAUAAAUCCUGGCGUCUGCAUCAGCCUUUGGACCAAAGUCGAGAUUGCACGAGGCUGUUGCGGAUCGAAGCAGCUAAGGAUGGUGAUCCCAUCACCGGCACCUUGUUCGAAGUCACAUUCGGUGACAGGCCCAAGUUUGACGCGCUCUCAUACAUGUGGGGAGAUGGUCCAGCUGUUCAGACUAUUACCCUCAAUGGCGUCAGCUUCAGCGUCCGGCAGAACCUUUGGGACGCUUUGCACUACCUCCGGAAACACGCGCCUGACAUUGAUUACUGGAUUGACGCAAUAUGCAUUAACCAGAAAGACAUUCCUGAGCGUAACAGACAGGUUCGCAUGAUGCACCAUAUCUACUUCAGAGCUCAGACAGUUGCCGUAUGGCUGGGGAAAAGAUAUGCGGAAUACGAAGCAGCUUUGCCUGACUUGCAAAAGCUUGGUCAUAAUAAGCCUGUGAAUGAACAACUAGACUCGGAACUGCCAACAGAUUCGACACAAACCAACUCUGCUGAGCGCAACUUCGCAGAGAAGUUGUACAGCGACGGCUAUUGGAAUCGCGUGUGGAUAAUCCAGGAGAUUGGGCAAGCUCAGAAGAUCAAAGUAGGCUUUGGGAACUCGGCGGUAGAAUGGAAGCAGUUUACACAGUUCAUCACCAUGCACAACUUUGGAUCCAAAGGUCCUAUAAGGCUGGACCGGCAUCGAGAGGAGAAAUAUUCUGGGUCGAAUACCUUGCUUCAGCUACUACAGGAUCAUAAAGAAGCAGACUGUCAAGACAGAAAAGAUAAGGUAUAUGGCCUUGUAGGAAUGGCGUCAGAUGCUCGCGGCUUUUCUAUCGAUUAUGACAAGUCGGUUUUUGAGAUUUGGACCGACGUGAUGGAAUUCAUGAAUCGCCAUAGCCUAUUUAAUGGGGAUAUUAUAUCCAUCGGACACCUCGUCAAGUUUCUACUCAUGGGGGCGGAAUGCGACCCUUUGCAGCAAAUUCUACGACCCUACGCACCGAUAGUUGGAGACGACACAAUCAUCACAGAAACGAACCACGAAAAAGCAUUUGCGCUUCAAGGUGCGGUGCUAGGGUCUGUCAUAUGUGUCGGUCCACGUCCUCUCGAAAUCGUUAGAAAUCUUCAAGCGGUGGAUAUGUGGAUAGAACAAGUUCAAGCGAACUAUAGGAACGAUCUUGGCAACGCCCACAGAGAGAGCGAUACGAUGAUUCGUGCCAUCAUGGAACUUGAUGAUAUCAGCCUGUCGAAGAAAUGCUUCGACUGCAGGAGCAUUAUAAAAUGGCAGGUGAGUAAUAGCAGCUUUUUGCAACACAACCGCCGAUAUACCGGUAUCACAUCAUACUGGAUUAGAGGAUUGCAAAGCAAGUCUCAUGGUCUGAUUGAGAAGGAAUCUUCCUCCGCAGUACCGUCUUCUGCCAAUAAUUCACGUCUAUUUCAAAUGUCUGCUCGAGAUCAGGCACCACGGAAAUUGGGUCUCUCAUCUAGUGAUAUACGCGUUGGGGAUCUCAUUUGCUGGCUCAAGUGGCCGCGAAGAGCCAUCAUAGUUAGAGCAUAUGAUCAGGAGGACCAGUGGAAGUUGCAGGUAGUGGGCACAGCAGUUAUCGCUGAAGAUUUGAGAGAAACACGUCUGGACUGUUGCCAACGACCAGACUGGUCUAAGAAUAUGGUGCAACUGAAUAUUUUCUUGGAUGCAAGGACCAUUUUCGUUCUUCUGGCGGAAUAA